AUGUCAUGUUCAAAAAUAUUUUCAGGAGAUUUACCUGAAUUAACAUAUGAAGUUAUAAAAUAUUUUAGGAAUGAUAAAUCAACUUUACAUUCAUGCAUUUUAGUUAACAGAUUAUGGUGUCGUUUAGCGAUUCCAUUAUUAUGGGAAGACCCAUUUUCAUUUCGUACCGUAAUUUGUAAUUUUAUUGGAAUUUAUUUACAUAAUUUAAAUGAUGAUGAUUUAAAAUCAAAAUUAAAUCAACACAUAAUUAAUAAUAAUUCAUUACCUUCAAAUACACUAUUUAAUUAUGUUAAAUUUUUAAAAUAUUUAAAUAUAUUUGAUAUUAUUUCUUGUGUUGGGAUGUGGUUUACUAUUAAAAAAUCAGAACCAGGAAAUAAUGAUUUUUCAGCAACUGAUUUUAAAAGAUUGAUUGGUAUAUCAUUAUUUAAAAUAUUUAUUGAAAAUGAAGUAAAUUUACAUACUCUUGAAAUUGAGAUCUCAAGUAUUUAUUAUUAUACAUAUUUCAAUGAUAUUCUUGAAAUAAUUUUACAAAAUACAAAUUUCAUUCACAAUAUUAGUAAUUUAAAUCUUUAUGUUAAUAGUUCAAUUAGAUUUUCAUAUGAUAUUAUUAAUAAUGAAUAUAUGUUAAUUAAAAAUCGUAUAUCACAAAUAAUUAAUUUACAUCAAAAUCUCAAAAAAAUUUCAUUUUAUCAUGAUAAUUUUCCUUUAUGUCAAUCAUUAUUAUUAUCAAAAGUUUCUAAUUGUUCAAAUACUUUAAAUACAAUUACAUUUUAUAAUAUCGAUUUUAAAGUUGUAAUCAAUUUAGAUAAGAUAUUUGAACAAUUAAAUGUUUUAGAAUCUGUUCAUAUAAUUCAUUGUUAUUCUUUAAAAAAUGGUUUUGAUCAAUUUAAUAAUUUAACUAAACCAUUUAAAUUAAAAUCUUUAAUUAUAAAUGAGUUAUCACAGAUUGAUAAUUCAUUACAAUUAUUAUUACAAAAAUCUGGUGAUUAUUUAGAAAAUUUCGGUUAUACACUUGGAAUUCUAUCAAAUCUAUCACAAAAUCGACAAUUAUUAGAUUUAAUUAUAAAAUAUUGUGAGAAUAUCAAAUUUCUUAAUUUUUUUGGAUCUGAAAGUCAUAUUUUUUAUCAAACAUUCAAUAUACCCAAUUUAAUUGAAAAUAUUAAACAAAAUCUUAAAUAUCUUUCAAUCAAUUUAUGUGAUGAUGUUUAUUUAUCAAAUGAUAAUAUUUCAAUCUUAUUACAAAAUUUGGGUCAAACUCUCCCUUCUAAACUUGAAUACUUAAGUUUGGUUUUUAAUAUUAAAGAAAAUGAUUUUAGAAUAUUUUUAGAAAAUUCUCACAAUAUUUUUAUUAAUAAAUUAAAAAUAAUGCAAACCAGUAGUGAUAAUAUUUUAAAUAAUGUAAAGGAAUAUAUUAUGAAGGAGAAAAGAGUCAAGUAUUUAGCAAUUUGGGAUUUUAAAAAUGGUGAUUUGUCUCGUUUGAAAUAUGAGGUGAAGGAAUUUAAUUUAUAUAAUAUUAAAGUUUUAAAUUAUCAUGAUUUAUCUUUAGCUUUUGAUGUUUAUAAUUUAUUAAAGAAAAUUGAUUAUUUAUAA